AUGAACGGGCCCACCCUGCAGCCGUCCUCGGCCUCCCCGGCCUCCCUUGCUGCGACAGCGGCGUCCCCGUCUCCGCGGGGCUGGAGCGAGUUCUGCGAGCUGCACGCGGUGGCUACGGCCCGGGAGCUGGCCCGCCAGUACUGGCUCUUCGCCCGCGAGCACCCGCACCACGCGCCGCUGCGCGCCGAGCUCGUGUCGCUGCAGUUCACCGACCUGUUCCAGCGCUACUUCUGCCGCGAGGUGCGCGAGGGCUGGGCGCCCGGGCCGCCGGGACCCCGCAGCGCGCCGGCGCGCGACUACCGGGAGACCGGCCGCGGGCCCGCAGCCAAGGCCGAGGCGCCGCCGGCCGAGCCGGGCCCCGGCCCCGCCACGCCCGCCCUGCCCAAGGCCCGCAGCUCCGAGGAGCUGGCCCUGCCGCGGCCGCCCGGCCCCUGCUCCUUCCAGCACUUUCGCCGCAGCCUCCGCCACAUCUUCCGCCGCCGCUCUGCCGGGGAGCUGCCCGCGGCCCCCGCCGCUGCCCCCGGGGAGGCAGGCGAGGCCCCGGCCAGGCCUAGCCUGGCCAAGAAGCUCCUGCCCUGGAGCCUGGCUCGGGAGCCACCGCCCGAGGCCCUCAAGGAGGGGGUGCUGCGGUACAGCCUGGCCGACGAGGCCUCCAUGGACAGCGGGGCACGCUGGCAGCGCGGGAGGCUGGCGCUGCGCAGGGCCCCAGGCCCGGAAGGCGGAGGCCCCGAGCGCGUGCUGGAGCUCUUCGACCCGCCCAAGAGUUCAAAGGCCAAGCUGCAAGCAGCGUGCUCCAGCAUCCAGGAGGUCCGGCGGUGCACACAGCUGGAGAUGCCCGACAACCUCUACACCUUUGUGCUGAAGGUGAAGGACCGGACAGACAUCAUCUUUGAGGUGGGAGACGAGCAGCAGCUGAAUUCGUGGAUGGCCGAGCUCUGGGAGUGCACAGGCCGAGGGCUGGAGAGCACAGAUGCAGAGACGCACACUCCCUCAGCCCUGGACCCUGGCACGUCCAGCUCCCCAAGGGGCAGCACAGAUUCUCUGAACCAAGGUGAGUGGCCAGGCCAUGGUCCUUUGGGUGCACUGGAACCCAGCCUAGGACAUAAGGCACCUCCAUGGGGUCACCAUCACCGAUCUUCUCUACCAGGUGCUUCUCCUGGGGGGUUGCUGGAUCCAGCCUGCCAGAAAACAGAUCACUUCCUGUCCUGCUACCCCUGGUUCCACGGCCCCAUCUCCAGAGUGAAGGCAGCCCAGCUGGUUCAGCUGCAGGGCCCAGAUGCUCACGGAGUGUUUCUGGUGCGGCAGAGCGAGACACGGCGUGGGGAGUAUGUGCUCACGUUCAACUUCCAGGGCAUAGCCAAGCACCUGCGCCUGUCGCUGACCGAGCGGGGUCAGUGCCGAGUGCAGCACCUCCACUUUCCCUCGGUCGUGGACAUGCUCCACCACUUCCAGCGCUCCCCCAUCCCGCUCGAGUGCGGCGCUGCCUGUGACGUCCGGCUCUCCAGCUACGUGGUAGUUGUCUCCCAGCCACCAGGUUCCUGCAACACUGUCUUGUUCCCUCUCUCCCUCCCUCGCUGGGAUUCAGAGCUGGGCCUUCCCCACCUUAGCUCUUCUGGGUGUCCCCGGGGGCUCAGCCCAGAGGGUCUCCCAGGCCGAUCCUCACCGCCAGAGCAGAUCUUCCACCUGGUGCCUUCACCCGAGGAACUGGCCAACAGCCUGCGGCACCUGGAGCCGGAGCCUGAACGACGAGCCCGGGACUCAGACUACGAAAUGGACUCAUCCUCCCGGAGCCACCUGCGGGCCAUAGACAAUCAAUACACACCUCUCUGACCAGGGAGGAGUCCCAGGCCUGUACAGCUGCCCCCAAGGAGCACAAGCAGAGAUGUGAACUUGUGAAUGUAACGAUCUUUCCUUCCUUCCAGAGAGAGAUUUAAGGGACACUGUUAACUGCUCGUUCCAGUUUGGAUGUGACCCUUCUAUUAGGCCUGUUAAAGGGCCUUCUGUAAGUUUCACCCAGCACCUGACUUUCUCCUCACUGUUUACAGAUGUAGUUCUUGUUAGCCGCUAGCUCCUGCCCCAGGUCCCUAAGACCAGUCCCCAUCACUCUUAGAGGAGGGGUGGGGUGAGGGCUGGACCUGGCAGUGGAAACUUGUUCUCUUUUUCACUGACACUGUCACAGCUGAUGACAGACUUUCUACGAGAAGGGGGGGGGGUCACCAGGAAGCCCGAAACACUAACAAGCCCUGGAUUCUCACACAGUGUACCCAUUGUAGCUUCAGCCCACGUGGCAGGGCCGCUGUAUCCUUGCCACAGAUGACCACACCUAAUCCUGCUUCUACUCUCAGCUUUAGGACAAAAGCAAAAGGUCAAAAAUGAUUUUAAACAUUUACCUCAGAUUAAUUUUUUUUAAAGGAUUCAGGUUUCAAAACUAAACCAUUGCUUAUUUCAUUGCACUGUUUCAACUGAUACCCAUGCAAUUUUUGUAGUCCAACAGCUAUGCAAACCCUACUGGACUAGUUCAUGGUCCGAGCCAGGAUGCCUGGCUUCCUUGUCUGUUGCAUCCUCAGGGACAGUCAUCUGCUGUUGAGUAGCACUGUCCCUCCUCAGUGUAGAGAAGUAAAGUGUGCCACCCUUUCAGGGAAAUUCAGGCUACUACUGAAAUAGGAGGGUGGCAAGGAACAGUCCUACCCUGGUGCCUUAUGAAUAAAAACCUGGAUUGUGGUUUAUAGCCGCUUUAUAGUGAGAGUUAAAUUAACUGGGGGGUGGGGGAGGGACAAGCAAAAAGGGAAGAAGGGCUCCUGGGCCCUUUCUAGUAAAUCCUUCAGCAACAGCACUGGCUCAGAGCCCUCUAAGCAUCUAAUGGCUUAUUAAAUUAUCCCACAAGUGGGUUUUAGGCUCAUUUUUGAGCCAAAAUGGAAGCCAGGAAUCUGGUGCCAUAGCUAAUGAGAAACUCCUUUAAUAGCCCACAAUCAGUGUUCUGUUCCAGCUGGUUACUGCUUCAUUUGGUGAAGAAUGUGUGUCCAUGCACACACAAUCUCCACCAUCCAGGGAGGUCCUGAAGUCAAAUCUCCAUCUAUACUUGCCUUUCACAAGUGAUACCAUUCAUAGGGGGGCUGGCUCCUCCCAGAACCUUCAUGAGGAGGCUCAGAAACAAGGGGGGCAGUGACAGAGUGGAAUCAGCUGCUCCUGGGUGCCAGCAGAGCCAUUCAGUACAGCCACCAGGCUCACUGCACUGGCUUCUAGGAAACCUGGAGUUGAGUAAAGCUUAAUAUUUACAGAUACAUCACAGGCUGAAAUGAACCAUGGGCCUAAAGGUCACAGUACUGACUGCCUUAUCUGGGGUGAGGGUUUGGUCUGCUCCCUCUAGUUACUCUCUGUACUCAAAGAGGUCAGACUUCUGCUUCUAGAAUAUUCUGGGGGUUUUUCAGGGAGGUGGCAAAGUAGCCACCUCCACACCACUUUCAUGAACCAUGAAGCAGAUGCAACACCGAUCCAGACUUGUGGUUCAUUUUUAAGGCCCCCCAUCUUUAUUUUCUUUAAAGCUGAUUUCUCUAGAAAAAGAAUGCUAAGAAGUGUGAACCAAAGAAGUAAGCAACAUUCUGGAUAUCUUUUUUAAAAGGGAAAGCUCACCACAGAAAAUGCUGAUGAGUCACCGAUCCAGAUUUUCCUCCUGUCUACACAGGAAAAGGGCUGGGUAGAUAAUGAACCAAUUAAAUUCCCUCCCUCCAGCCAGAAGUUUAAACAUCUGGGAUAUGACAUCUUCAAGCCAGGGGCACUCAUUUCUUAGCAGCCUCUCAUCUCUCUCUCAGGUAGUGCCAAGAGGCACACCAGGUACAGCAAAUUUAGCAGCUAUAACCGACUGGCUGCAAAGUACAAGCUCAGAUUCUGUGGCAAAGAAUUGGAGGCCGCUCACCUCCAGACUGCUUCCUUUAUAAACAUGUCCAGGUUACCAGGACAGUGCAAAUACAUUCUGACAAAAAGCUCCCUCAUGGCCCUGGGAAGAAGGGACACUAAGCCAAUACCUUUUCUUUGUGCUGGAGCAGGUCCAGCCGAUGAAGGGAGGGCAGCAGCGUGGGGCAGGACCCCUCUGGCUGCAGCUAGCCCACCACAGGCACAGCACAUUCCACCACUCUCCUCCCAGUCCUGAUGGGGCCGAGCCAGCAAAUUCCACUGAGAACCCAGCCUCAGUGCCAAACUGGGCGGUGUGCAGCACGAUCCCUCCGUUAGCUCUAAUUACAGACGAGUAUAGCUUCACAGCUCCCAGCACCAUCACUUCCUUCAUCUGACUUUAUUAAACUUUUACAAACUAACAAGUCACCAGCACCAAAGAAUUAAGUCAACUAACCUGCCUUGAAUUUUAGACCAGCAAUCCAUAUGGCUUUAUCUGGUAUAAAUCUUCUGCCUUUGAUCAUUUCUGGACCGUGUAGGAAAAAGGAAUAAUGAUCAUUAAAAUCUUUGGCCAGAGAACACUAUUUUUACAUAACAGUUUCUUAACCUAAAAUCAAGGCCUUGAACUCUUCCCUGAGGGUUGCCUGAGAUUCCUUCAUGCUUUUUAUUCAGGGCUAAAUCUCUUAUUGCAAAUGUCAUGUUAGCUCUAACAUCUCCCACAGGCUAGAGGAACUUGGUAGUAUCUUAUCCACUGCGUCUUAACAAGGACACAUCUGACAUCCAGUGUUUAGUUGGAAUACGCAGCACAUUGUGAUAACAAAAAGUGGAUUCAUCUUGUACCGUUAUAGGCAGAAGGUAUUUGGCAAAUUUUUAUGUAUUGUUUAUGUACUGUACAAGUAACUUAUUCUUAAAUAAUGCAAAUUUUGCUAUAAUGUACAAAUUGCUAUAUGUGAAUUAAAAGUUUUCAGAAUCUUGA